CAGCUUGCUGGUGAGACCUGCCCCCCAAGUGGAGGUGGCAUCUAUUGGAAGGUGGGGGAACCACCCCUUCAUCUGCCCCCCAUGUGUGCACACUUGGCUCUGCCCCCCUACCAGGCUUACCCCAGCGGGACUGGCAUGGGGUACCUGGAGUUUUACUGGAACUCGGAGGAAGAGGCAGGACAUGUCCCCGCUUCGGCUGGGCCGGCCGGAGCCACCAGUGCCAGUCAGUCUCCGGAGGCAGGAGGGAAGAGGCGGACGGCAGAAGUAUCCCCAGCUUCGUCCAGUUCUGGGAAUUUCAGCCAAUUCACACCAGAUUCAGCCACCAGCCCACAUUCAGCAUCCUCAUCCCCACAGCCUACGGCUAAGUCUCGGAAGGGCAGAGAAGAUGGCAGGGAGGGGGCGAGGAAGGCCAAGAGCCGGACAGCUUUCUCCAAGGAGCAGCUGCAAACCCUGCACCAGCGGUUCCAGAGCCAGAAGUACCUCAGCCCCCAGCAGAUCCGGGAGCUGGCUGCUGCCCUGGGGCUCACCUACAAGCAGGUGAAGACUUGGUUCCAGAACCGGAGGAUGAAGCUGAAAAGGUGCCAGAAGCAUAGCCUGUGGACUGAACGGGCUCAGUGCCUCACACAA